AAUCAUGUCUCUCACUUCUUACUUUUUCUCCAGUUACUUUUUCUACGUGAUCACAAUGAUUCACAAUCAACUUCCUCCUACUUCUAACGCGAUCAUCCCUAUCUUCACUAAUCCAAAUCUCCAACUUGCUUUAUCUCCAAGUUACCAUGAAAGCCCUAGAAAGAAACGCACCAGAACCGUUGCAUCAACCUCUAGUCCUUCACCAAAAAAAACAAAAUACACUAAGCCAGACCCAAACACUCCCAAAAUCACACGUCCGUGUACCGAAUGUGGCAAAACGUUUUGGUCAUGGAAAGCUCUCUUUGGUCACAUGAGAUGUCACCCUGAGCGUCAAUGGCGUGGCAUCAACCCUCCUCCUAACCACCGUGGCCCCACCCGAACUUUAUCAUCGUCAAAACAUCUAAACCAGAGAUUCUCACUUAUGUCCGAGGAAGAUUAUGAAGUCGCUUCGUAUCUCCUAAUGCUGUCUGAAGCCAAGCCGUUAUCUCCAAGUAGUAGUGGUGAGCGGUUCGAGUGUGGAGGAUGCAAGAAAGUGUUUGGAUCGCAUCAGGCUUUGGGAGGACACAGAGCGAGUCACAAGAACGUUAAAGGAUGUUUCGCGAUCACAAACGUAACCGGUGAUGAUCCAGUAACCGUAACUAGUAACCAAGAUCAUCAUCAGGGGAAGACGGUUACGUUUUCGGAGCAUCAUAAGUGUAGUAAUAUAUGUUUUCGAGUGUACUCUAAUGGUCAGGCUUUAAGAGGUCACAUGAGGUACCACUGCUGGGAGAGGGAAAGGGAGACAGUGCUCGUUGGUGCGUUGGAUCUGAAUGUUCCUGUAACAACACAUGAUCUCUCUUCUUCGGACACAUCAGGAUGUUCAUUAGAUCUUAGGUUAGGACUUUAAUUCGUAAAUGUUAUCUAUAGUUAUAUAUAUUGGAUGUUUGCUUCUAAUACAUCUAGGAUGAUGUUGUUGAAUGUUGUGUUUUAAUUAUUUGGAUAUAUAAUGUAUUUGGGAUAUUUGUGUAUUCUUGUCUACAUAUGCUUAAUAAAUAAAUAUGUUUAAUUCUUCAUUUGUAAUCGUAAUAUAUUUAUAACAAAAUUGAUUUCGCAAAAGCUUAAUUCGUAUUAUUCUUUGCCAAGUUUUGUUGUUUGACGUGAUCUCAAACCCCACCACGAUCUCACUAUACGAUUAAAAUCUUUUCCGCUAAAAAAAACAGCUAGCUUUAACAUUAUAUAAUUGAAUCUUAUAAACUAUUACUAGUAAUCUGAAGAUUCAGAUGCAUUAUAGGUAAGCACGCGGAACUAAUUACAACAUGCACGAACCCUAAUCCGAGACAGUUUUCAAUUAAUCUUCUCGAAGCUGCUAAACAAGUAUUUAAUCCGAAGACAGAUUUUAUAGAGUAUUCACGUAUAUUAAAAAAAUAAUAAAUGUUUACAACUAAAUUUAUUGUUUAUUUCACUAUACAUUUUCUAAUAACUAUCAACAAAUAGUAUUUAAUUAAUUCAAAUAUUUUCAAUUAAUUUUUCUUAAUAGCAUACAAUUUAUCAAUAUUAACUACUAAAAAUACCUUAAAAUUCUAAAAAAUCUACUCCCUCCGUUUCAUAAUAUAAGUAGUUUUGGCUAAAAUCACGAAGAUUAAGAAAAUUAUUAUGUUUUUAAAAAGUAUUUUAUAAUAAAUAGGUUGAAUAUAAUUUAACCAAUAAAAAAUAAGUCUAUUUAAUUUGAUUGGUCACACUGUAUUCAAUAAAUGUAAAAGUUACCUAGAAAUACGAAAACUACUUACGUUUUGAAACAAAAACAUUUUUCUAAAACUACUUACAAUAUGAAACGGAAGAAAUAUUAUUUUGGAACAAAAAAAUAACUUCAGAAAAUUCUCCUUCUAGGAACAGAGGAACUAUCAAACUAGUGCGACACACAACCUUCGUGAAUAUUCAACUACUACCUCCCUUUUUAUAACAAUAGUUAUCGUUUACAGCAAUGCAUGUUGGUAUAUAUAAAUUCAUCAAAAACAAUAACAACGAGAACCUUCUUCUGAGAUUUUCAAUUCGUUAAAAAUCUAUGGAACAUAUUUAGUAUAAUUGCAAAUAUUAUCAAAAAAAAAAUUCCCUAUGCGCAUGAAUCAACGAUUAAUCUCCAUAUCUCUUGAUUUUUCUACUGGCUCGUGCAAAUCAUACGCGCGUGAGAAAAAUAAAAAUUGCUCACGUACGUAUUUUGAUUCAUUUUCAUAUAUAUGUCUACAUCUGCAUCAUGUUGACAAAAGAAAAUAUAACAUAUGCAUCAUAUUAUUUUAUAUGUUGUUUGAAUUGUUUAUGUAUGUUUAAAAAUGUUAGAUAUGAAGGCUUACGUAAGAUGAAGUUGACCGAUUUCUCUCCUUACACGUUCUUUGCAUCUUCAAUAAGCAUUUCCCCCCAUCAGAAAAUGGUGCACUAUGCUGAAAAUUAGUUUUAAAAGACAAACUCGGCUAAAUAUAUCUAAUCAGUAUAUUUAUUUAUUUAGUGGUGAAUCAUUUGACAUGCAUUAAUCUAUAGCAGUUAAUAUAGAAAACGUCUUACAAUUCGAUUUUUAACUAUAUAUAAAAUAUUUAUUUCGAGAUAUUGACAAUAAUCCUAUUUACUGAUUAAUUUAUGGUCGUAGAGUGGUUUAUGAAAAAAAAACAACAUUGCUAAAAUUUUCACACUAACAAAAUUAGUUGAAUAUUAUGAUAACCAGAGAUUAUACCCAUAUGUUUUAUAGAAAAUGAUAAAAGCAUUGCAUCAUUUGUAAUACUAUACUCUCUAAUACAGGAUUGGCUUUGUGUAUGAACAAGAACAAAGAUGACAUUCUAUUUUGUAAAAUCAUUAUUCUAAAUCAGUACUACAACUGAAUACCAUUAUAUAAUCCAUACACAUUAACUGGGGUGACUUCAUAAGAAAUGUGUGAUAUAUAUAUAGGGUGAAAUUUAAGGAUCCAUGAUUGCUGAUGCAUGCUUGCUGAUCUGCAAUACGAUGUUGUUUUAUCUUCAUAAUAUAUAUAAACGAAAUAUGAAAUCUAAAUAUUAAUUUGUAUUACAUAUAAUAUAUUUUGACUAAACAUCAUGUCUCUAAGUACUGCAAACUGUAAUUUAUUAGUUAAAUUCAGAUCCGAAAUGAAAAAAGUAAUCAAGGUGAGAUUAGAAAGCUGUCAGUACAAGAUAUAUACGGAAGAGUAUAUAUACAUACUAAACUGUAUAGCCAUUU